GUACAGGCACGUUCAUGGGGUGUUGCCUGUGAAGACGUACAUUUAUAUGUGCGCGACGGUCAGCCGUAAGGCAACUACUGUAGAUCUCUUGAUGAUGGGGUGCUGGCAGGGCCAGCACCCCAUCAUCAAGCUGGCAGUAUUGCCAGCUGCAAAAUUUACAACUAUUUGGUCAAAAUAUCAGUCAUGUGAUAGGUGAAGCUAUGCAAAAAUGUCGCUAUAUUGGUCAACAAUUAACAUCCACCAGUUGCUCGUCCGUAGAUUUUCCACGCUGGGCUGACAUGAUUUUCCACCAAAUUUAGUGAAGAACCCACUCAAUUGGCAAUCCUGUGUUGUGAGAAUUAGUGUUGGAACACUCAUACGCAGGAGAUUUGAGUGCGGCUGGAAGUCGCAGCGAGCGUUUAGCGCCACCAGCAAAUACGCCUAACGCUCGCUGCAAUCGUUUAGCAAGGAAAGGGUUAAAGUUAACGAAUGUGACCUCAUGUAGCCGUUAUUUUAAAGAUUAUUGAAUGAUCAGGCUGCUUUAUUGAAAAUAACACAGUCUGACGAAAAUACGUGGCUUGUAUUUUAAUUAAUAACAUUAACCGAAAGCAGUGUUACCAGAUAAAAGUGUUUCACAGAAGGUUUUGCUCUGGCACAUCUGCGAGGUUAGGGAAACGUCGGUGACGGUACUACUGGCGUAAGAGCCUCUACUGCUGCAAACCUUGGUGCAUUCAGUGAAAUUCUUGCUUCCCUAUUCUGCCCCACUUCCAGUUUCUCUCUAUCGUUCCAUGUCAUCACAUCCAUUCCAUACAUAAUGCUCGGGACAGCCACACUCUUCCAAACCUCACCAUGUACCAGGUCUUGGUCUUGGUCUUGGUGGAUGAAACUGUGGCGCAUGUGAUACUCGGAGAUGGUGAGGGUGGUACUGAGUGAGACGGGCUGGGAUGUGAAUGGGAGGAUUGCAAGAACGGAGAGGGAAUGGAUGCUGCUGCUGCUGCUGGGACUGAGUGCUGAAGCAAGUGGUGCCGAUAUGAAGGCCUGACUCUCCAACGGGUCACCUGAACAGCAAGAGCAAGAGCACACCCACUGAGGCGCCGCUGCUGAGUGUAUAUUUGGGUCUUUAGAUGCCAUGGUCCAUGGCCUAACCAGCCCCUGAAACACUGAAGAAGAAGAAGAAGAGCCUGUGGUCCAUGGCCUAACCAGCCCCUGAAACACUGAAGAAGAAGAAGAGCCUGUGGUCCAUGGCCUAACCAGCCCCUGAAACACUGAAGAAGAAGAAGAGGCUGUGGUCCAUGGCCUAACCAGCCCCUGAAACACUGAAGAAGAAGAAGAGGCUGUGGUCCAUGGCCUAACCAGCCCCUGAAACACUGAAGAAGAAGAAGAGCCUGUGGUCCAUGGCCUAACCAGCCCCUGAAACACUGAAGAAGAAGAAGAGGCUGUGGUCCAUGGCCUAACCAGCCCCCGAAACACUGAAGAAGAAGAAGAGGCUGUGGUCCAUGGCCUAACCAGCCCCUGAAACACUGAAGAAGAGGCUGUGGUCCAUGGCCUAACCAGCCCCUGAAACACUGAAGAAGAAGAAGAGGCUGUGGUCCAUGGCCUAACCAGCCCCCGAAACACUGAAGAAGAAGAAUCCUUGUCCCCAAACUGCCUGCUGCCGUCACUGGUACUACGAUUGUGACUACUACUACACUUCCUGUUCACCGCACUGACGACCAAGUCCAGCACAGCAACAACGGCUUCCUUCAGGUGUGGAGAAAAGAGAACGAGGACAACACAACACACUGAGCCGCCGCACAGGUCGGGGCCGCCUCACCUGCGGGGCUGGACAGCAGCAUGAGUGGCCAGGACAAGCAGGAGCAGACUGCUGCAGGCAGCAGGAGGGUCAGUGGUCAUCAGGCGAAGCAACUUGCUGCUGGCAACUCCAGCAACAAAGGAGAGAGGAAGUUUGUGUGUCUGGAGUGUGGAAAAGGAUUCACCUCAAGGCAAGGCCUCAGAUAUCACACCCUUACACACACUGGUGUAAAGAACUAUGAAUCUGUGGCAGCUGCACUGGGCCUGGAGCCCAAUUGAGGCUCACAACUACAUGAACUACUUGAUCCUCUGCAAGGUGGGUCAAGGGAAUGUCACAUAACACUACAGCAGCUGGAAUAUGUACUUAUAAACACUUGAGGCUCACACCUACAUGAUCUACUUGCUCCUCUGCAAGGUGAGUCAAGGGAAUGUCACAUAACACUACAACAGCUGGAAUAUGUAUUUAUAAACACUUGCUGCAGCAAAAGAUUCAAUACCUUACAGUGGUGUGCCUCACCCAAGAGCACCACAGAGGCAAGUGCUUCCAGCACCUAUCUGGCCAUUGUACUGCCCUGCCUCAGAAGUGUCCUAGACGAGCCUCAAAACGUGUCUUGUGUUUUGGAAGGUUGGCCAGUGUGGAGGGGCUGCAGUGGUCUGGCGGUCAGGGGCCCAGGCUGCUGAUCGGAGGGGUGACAGUUUGCGCCUCUCCCCGGCAGCUGUUGGUGGGAUGCGCACGCACUGGCAUGCACUGGGCUGCUUGACAAUGGUGCUCUGUCCCCCUCCCUUGGGCUGUGUCCCCAAUAAGUGGUGAAAAAGUUAAAUGACUGAUUGAACAGCUCUGAAUGCCUGCAACCAUCAAGGACGACAGGAAUUGGCCAGGAAAGUUGUUAUUUAAUAAAAAUUGAAAAAAAAAAAAAAAGAAACAUAGGAAAAGAUGAAUAUUAUAGGAAAGAAAUAUCAACAUGCCAGAAGUGUCACUGCCAAGGCAAUACUUGGAUCCCACAGCAACAGUCUCACCUCAACUCUCCCUGACCUUGUUGUUGGCAGGGUGUGCUGGCCUUUGCCUCCCUCCCCCCUGCUGCCACCAUGCUGAGAAAGGACUGAGAGAGAAGCAGACGGCCCAUGAAGUGAUACAAGGCGACAGAUGUGGCAACAAGAGGAAGGUUGUCGCUGCUGCACACUAUCGGAGGCAGGGUGUGCUGGCCUGUGCCUCCCUCCCCCCUGCCGCCACCAUGCUGACAGACAGAAGCAGACGGCCCAUGAAGUGAUACAAGGCGACAGAGGUGGCAACAAGAGGAAGGUUGUCGCUGCUGCACACUGUCGGAGGCAGGGUAGGCUGGCCUGUGCCUCCCUCGCCCCCUGUUCCCGCCGGGACUGACUUGGAGUGGCCGUGGCAGUACAGUUUCCUGACGUUCUUCACAAAGGGUUCUUCAGGCGCGAGAGGCUGGAGGAGAUGAAGGCACACCGGGCGAUGCUGCAGCGUGCCCCCACCGGCGUCAGUAACCCAGCAGCCAUCGGGGAGCAGAGCCACAGCCGCCAGCCGCCGGUGUACGUACUGCCUGUGUUGGGCUGGCCGGGUUAUCGUAGACACAGCGCCACGCCAAAGAUUCCCAAGUGUUGUAGUGACGUGAGCAGGAUAUUUUCCUGCCGCCCUCCUGCCGCUCUGCCAGACUUCACCGUUGGAGGGACUGUCAUUCCCUUGUGUACCCAGUACUCUUACCUUGGCGCACCUGUCAAGAUCUCAACAGUCUUCCCCGCCGGGCGUCAGACCCAUCCUCCCACCCAUGACUUGUUGGAUUGCCUCCAGAGACGGCUUCAACCUCUCCAGUGGCUCACUAACAACUCUUCGGGCAUCUCCAUUCCUGUGGCCAGGACCAUAUAUAUUACUUUCAUUCGCUCUGUUGUUGAUUACCUCUCCCCUGCCUUGGUACAACUUCCCCGAACUACUUUAGAGCCCUUAGAAAUUGUUCAGAAGAGAGCGAUGAGAGUCAUUCUCAGGUGUCCCAUGUCUACCAGGAUUGAAAAUAUGCAAUGCGAGCUACGUCUUCCACCCUUGGUCGAGAUAAUUUAUUCUAAUGUCACUCGCCUCACUGUUAAGUGCCUCCAUUUCCCACAUCUCUCGCCCCACUACUCGCAGCUGAUCAGGAUGUCGCUUGGACCCGCUCGACCUGUUCCUCCUAUAUUGCCCGCUGGUCGCGCCCUUAUUCGGUCUGUCUCUUCCUUGAUGCGCAGUCUUGAUUUGGAUAUUCCUGUUGCUGACGUUCCCCCAGGCCCGCCCCCAUGGCUGUUGCCAAUGCCAGAGGUAAGCCUAACUCCUGCAUCCAAGUCGGACCCGCCUCCCUUACAGCUGCAGUUGGCCCUGGAACACGUAGCAACAGUGACGUCCUCCAUCACAGCUCCACACUGCCUCUACACUGACGGGUCACUGCAAUCGGACGGUGCGGCUGGUUGUGCACUCUUCUCUCCUGACUUGGAGCCUCCUCCUGGGGGAUGAGUUGGCCGUCGCCUCCGUGACCACUCCAGCUCCACAUUGUGUGAGCUAUGUGCCAUACUAGAUGCCGUCAGCCUCGUUUGUCAAAGGGGAGUAAAUGCUGCCAUUAUUUGUGAUUCUAAGCCUGCCCUUCAGUCCCUGUCUGCUGUUCAGCCCACCCACCCUCAAGUCGUUCAACAGAUCCUGUCCUUUCUAUCUUUAAUGAAUGAUUGUCAGUUGUGUGUCAAAUUUUUAUGGGUGCCAUCUCGUGGGUCUGUAUCACAAUGCCACAGAUUACCGCGUAGUGAAGGAAGCGUGCCGUCUGCCUCCACGUGGUGAUGGACGCCCCCUCUCCCUGCCCUGCCCUCUCUCCAGAGUCUGCUCCGCCGCCUUCCUUCCUGCACGGCAUCGUAGGGAUGCAGAGAGGCCUCACAGUGUCACCAUCAACCACUACGACUCUGUCUGCCGCCACAAAUACUCCUACCGACGCCGGGGCCUCAUGGUCCGGAGAUAUAAUGUUGUCUCCGCACGUCUGCAGCUGGGCUACCGUCCACCGUGGCAGGUCGCCGGGGUGGAGGGGGAGCCUGUAUUUGUGGUAUGUCACCUGUGCCGCUCACCGAUGUUGAACACCAUUGAACAUUACUGCCUGGCCUGUCCCACUGUUCAUGGUUUGCUACCCCAGGGACAGCCGUUGGAUGCUGUCUGCCGCCACCUCCUGAACCACGACUUCCUCGACGCAAUCCUGGUGCGCCACCCUCGUUUUGGUGGAUUCUCCUAAUGUUAUGUGCCCUACGUGGCACUAGUCCCUCUAAAUUUUUCUGACUUAUCUGUAUAUUACAUCAACUUGCUUUCUGUUUUAGCGUGUGUGUGUGUGUGUGUGUGUGUGUGUGUCCAUUGUCUAUAGUUAAACCCGAUGCAUUUGCUAAAAAUUGUCUUGUCUGACGCUAUUGCGCAAUAAAUUUAUCAAACAACAACAACAACAAUGCCUCCCCCCCUCCCUCGGCCCCGCUGCAUGCGACUUUCUACUCAUGCUCAUCCCUAUACUGUCCAAACCCCUUAUGCAAGAGUUAACCAGCAUCUUCACUCUUUCAUCCCUCACGCUGGUAAACUCCGGAACAAUCUUCCUUCUUCUGUAUUUCCUCCUGCCUACGACUUGAACUCUUUCAAGAGAAGGGUAUCAGGACACCUCUCCUCCCGAAAUUGACCUCUCUUUCGGCCACCUCUUUAGAUUCUUUAUGGGAGCAGCGAGUAGCAGCCUUUUUAUAUUUUAUUAUUGUUUUCUUUUUUGUACCCUUGAGCUGUAUCCUUUGUU